AUGGGAGCCGAAGAAAACGCUUCAAAGGUAGUCCCUGCAUUCCUCGGCGGUUUCAUUUGCAUAUACGGGCUUGUUUCGGGAUUCAUAAAGGAGCGGCUAUUUUUGUCAGAGUCCCUCGUGGCCACCGCGUUCGGCAUCGCCAUCGGCCCCAAGGCAAUCGGGCUUGUGGACCCGCACAAAUGGACGAACGUUGAAAAAUUCACACUCGAGUUUGCCCGCUAUGUCAUUGGGAUCCAGGUCAUGGCUGCUGGCGCUACUCUGCCACGACGCUACAUGGUGCGCAAGUGGCGGUCAAUGUCAAUCCUAUUGGGCCCCGUCAUGGUCGCCAUGUGGCUGGUAACAGCAGCAUUCAUCAAGCUAAUGUUUGACAUUGACUUUAAGCAGGCGCUGCUAAUCGGAUCGUGCGCGGCACCAACCGAUCCAAUUCUGGCCAACUCGGUGGUCAAGGGCCGGUAUGCCGAAUCCAAUGUGCCGAAAAAUGUGCGCGAUGCCCUGUCUGCGGAAUCCGGCGUCAAUGAUGGCCUAGGAUUGCCAUUCAUGUUCUUGGCACUGUACCUGCUGGAUGAAACUUUCACAGCUAGGCAUGCUGUCGCACGGUGGUUCUAUUGGACAUGGUGCUACCAGAUUCUCCUAUCGGUUGUAAUCGGCAUCACAGUAGGGUAUAUCGCACGCAAGCUGCUUCGGCUGUCGGAAGCAUAUGACCUCAUUGAUAAGGAGUCCUUCCUGGGAUUCACCAUCGGCCUGUCGAUUUUCCUGCUUGGCUGUUUGCAGCUCAUUGGCAGCGACGAUGUGCUCGCAUGCUUCAUUGCCGGCCACUCGUUCACCUGGGACGACUGGUUCCGCGAGGAGACCAAGGAUGCGCAUUUCCAGGAGGUGCUCGACUCGCUGAUUAACGUUGCCUUCUUUAUAUACUUUGGCACCAUCAUUCCUUGGGACCAGUUCAACCAGCCCGACCUUAUGAUCACACCGUGGCGCCUGGUUGUGUGCGCCAUCGCCGUGCUGUGCUUGAGGCGAAUCCCGGUUGUGAUUUUACUGACGCGGUUUAUUCCAGCGCUGCGCAAUUACCGGCAGUCGAUUUUUGCCGGGUGGUUUGGGCCCAUUGGCGUGGGCGCCAUUUUCUUUGCUGAGACCGUGCUCGAGGAGAUCGAGAAGAAGCCCGAUGCAUUCCACAUCCGGUCGCGAGAGAUCAUCCAGCCCGUUAUUAUCUUCCUGAUCCUGUCGUCUGUUUUGGUACACGGCAUCACCCUGCCGCUGCUCUAUAUCGGC